AUGGUUACAAACUUUUCAACUUUGCCGGACUUCAUCUGGAGACCACGUCCAGCUUCUCUCUUGACAGGUGGUGACAAGAAGAAGGUCAGAAAGAACUUGCGUGAGUACAGUGCCCAAUUCGACGAGACCGACCUCAUGGAGGAUUCCUCCUCUGCCAGAGAGUUGAUCCUGAAGAGACGUCGUCUAUUGGAGGAGUGGACCGCAUUCAGAGCAAACGUUGCAGCCCACAAGGAGCAAUACGGUAUCGUGGAGGUUUCCCAUGACAACGAGGACCUCGAGGUUAUUGAGGAAAUCAAAGAGGAGGUGUUGAAGGAGACUGAAGAGAUCGUUGAGUAA